ACGCGGGGCCGUCGGGACGGGGCGGCCGUUCCGGUGCGUGCGGCGGGGACACCACGCGGCCAUGGCGGACGGGGACGGUUCCAGCGUGAAGAAGAAGAGGAAGAAGGAGAAGCGGGUGCUCGCCGACGAGGAUGUUGCGGACAUCCAGCACACGGAGGACUUUCUCAUCAAGCCCGAGUCCCGGGUGCCCCAGCUGGACACGUCGCAGUGGCCCUUGCUGCUAAAGAGCUUUGACAAGUUAAAUGUGAGGACAGCACACUACACACCUCUUCCUUCCGGUGCUAAUCCUCUGAAGAGAGAGAUUUCUGAUUAUGUUAGGUCUGGCUUUAUUAACCUCGACAAACCUUCCAAUCCAUCCUCUCAUGAGGUGGUUGCGUGGAUCCGGCGCAUCCUCCGAGUGGAGAAGACCGGACACAGUGGCACUCUGGAUCCUAAGGUGACUGGGUGCCUCAUUGUGUGCAUUGAGAGGGCAACACGCCUGGUCAAAUCUCAGCAGAACGCAGGCAAAGAGUAUGUGGGAAUUGUUCGGCUGCACAAUGCAAUUGAGAGUGAGGCUCAGCUGGCCAGGGCAGUAGAAACUCUGACAGGCGCGUUGUUUCAGCGACCACCCCUCAUUGCUGCUGUCAAACGACAACUGAGAGUCAGAACCAUCUAUGAGAGCAAGCUGGUGGAGUAUGAUCCUGAGAGAAGAUUAGGUAUCUUCUGGGUGAGCUGUGAAGCAGGCACGUACAUCAGGACUCUGUGUGUCCACCUGGGGUUGCUGCUGGGUGUGGGGGGCCAGAUGCAAGAGCUCCGCAGAGUCCGCUCGGGCAUCCUGGGAGAGAAGGACAACAUGGUGACCAUGCACGACGUGCUGGAUGCACAGUGGCAGUACGACAACAACAAGGAUGAGAGCUACCUGAGGAGAGUCAUCCUGCCCCUGGAGAAGCUGCUGACUUCACACAAGAGGCUCGUCAUGAAAGACAGUGCAGUUAAUGCCAUUUGCUAUGGAGCCAAGAUCAUGCUGCCUGGUGUUCUGAGGUAUGAAGAUGGUAUUGAGCUUAAUCAGGAGAUUGUUGUCAUCACCACGAAAGGAGAAGCUAUCUGCCUAGCCAUUGCCUUGAUGACCACAGCAGUCAUUUCUACCUGUGACCAUGGCAUCGUGGCAAAGAUCAAGAGAGUGAUCAUGGAGAGAGACACAUAUCCCCGAAAAUGGGGUCUGGGCCCCAAGGCCAGUCAGAAGAAGAUGAUGAUCCAGAAGGGUCUUCUGGACAAGCAUGGAAAGCCCAACGAGAGCACACCAGAUUCCUGGAAGAAGGAGUAUGUGGAUUACAGGGAUUCUUCCAAGAAAGAAGCAGCUGCUGAUCACCAACCUGUGUCAGAGCUGGAGAGGGCUUCAAAAAGGAAGCGAGAGUCGGUGAGUGAAAGUGAUGAAGCUGUGACCCCCCCGUCCCCUGCCACCCCUCCACCAGAGGAGCUGAGCAAAAAGGAAAAGAAAAAGAAGAAGAAAGAGAAGAAGGCCAAAGAGGCAGCCGAGAGUGGGGGAGAGCAAAUAGAAGUGACCAGUGAGACCAGCAUCAAGAAGAAGAAGAAGAAGAAACAAAAGGAGGUCGAAGAGAGCUCGGAGUAAGCAACUGGAUCUGUCCAAAGCAGGCAACCUCAUCAUUAAGGAAGGAGGAAUCUGAGGCCUUGGGAAGAGGAGGACUGGCUGUGUUGGCAGAGGGGCCAGCAAGCUCCAAGUUCUUUUCUGCUGUGUAUGAGUGAGCGGGUGUGUUUGCCCAGGAUGUGCCCUGCUCAGGUGCCCCUCUUCAUCCUGUUUUAAGGGUUGCCAGAGGAGUGGUGUGCCUGGCUGUCCCUGCUCUGGGUUGAUCUCUAAAGCUGAGCACUGUGAUGCCAGUAGAAGCGAUAUCUUCAGGGAAGCUGUAGCUUCUGGCUCUUACUUGGUGUCUGUUUUCACCUAGAGGGUGGAAUAAUCUUUCUCCCCCUUCUAGUACUGCCUCUUCCUUUUCUUCCAAGGCUGAAGCUGUUGCCUGACAGUUACAUGAAUGUAUUGGUGCCUGGAGGACUGGCUUUGUCACAGCCCAUCUGAAUGGGUUUGGAUGGGGACAGUCAGAUCGGUUAUUGAAAGGGCUCUGCUUUGUUUUUAACUUGGCCACAUGCUUGGCUUGACCUACAUGAAUUCAAAUAGUCCACCCAGAUAUUCUUCAAUACCUUGUUUUUACCUUUUUCACAAAAGGUAAACGUUAAAACGUUUACUUCCUCCUUUUUGCUGUAUUGCCCAGGGAUAUGCUUGUUGCUUGUCAGCUGAUCCCCAAACCCAGUGCCCUUGCCAGGGUGUACCUGUUGCUGUCUCUUUGCUCCUCUCUACCCACUUGUUGGAUUGGAACUGCAGGGCUUUGGGUUGCCUUUCCUGGUUUUGGUGCCCAGUGUGCUCUGAAGGCUAAAAGUGGGGAUGUUGCUGGGGAACAGAGGGUGACCAGGGGGUGACUGGCCUGUGUGCUUUUCUAAAGGGCUGCUGGGACUGGAGUCCUUGUCAGGAAAAGCUUGGUCAGAGGCAGCUCUGCAAGGGGCAUUGGGUGUUGGGCUUAAGCAGUUUCAGAAAGACUUUUCCUGAUUUCCUUAUAUGGAAUGGCUUACUGGGGGUCAAAGAUCUCUCAGUCACAGGGGUAGUGUGCCAGGAUUUUAGCUCCUUUUAAAUGGGGAAGGAUCCAGGCUGCUUUGUUCUGAGAUUCAUCCCCACAGAGAUUCUGUGACUUUUAACCUCAUUCAUUGCUUUUAUCUUAACUGUCUAUCCUCCCCUCCAUAGCUGGAGAUAAAUGCAAGCAGUGGGGACAGCAGCUGGUGGCUGUCAGAACCUGAGCAG